AUGAGGUUCCGCAGGAGAUACAGGACCCCGGCCGUGAUAAACUAUGACUUUAUCAUUCGGGGCUAUCUGGAUAUCGUGGACUUCGCUGUGAUGGCCAUCCUGAUGUGGUUCUUGUUUGAGGUCCCAUCCAAGUAUGCCAUCAUGUUUGUUGCUGUGCAGUACAAUGUCACCUAUACCCUUGAUGACAACAGUGAGCAGUUUGAUUUUUACGACUAUGGUCCCAAAGACAUUGCCACAAUCAGCUUCUACAUGCUUGUAGCUAUUAAAGUGCAUACUAUAAUCCAGGAGUGCAUAUUAGAUAAAAUUAAUAGACAUCUGCAGCUGUCAAAACCAGAGCAGAGCAAAUUCAAUGAAUCAGGACAGCUUGCAUUGUUCUACUUGUUUUCAUUUAUAUGGGGAGCAAGUAUUUUGAAUGCAGAAGAAUUCAAAAUGAACCUAACUUCGUUCUGGAAAGAUUAUCCCUUUUCUCGUAUGCUUGUUCAGGAAAAAUUCUUCUAUAUUUGCCAGAUAGCCUAUUGGCUUCAUGCACUGCCGGAGCUAUACUUCCAAAAGAUCCAAAAGGAAGAUAUUCCAAGGCAGCUAUGUUAUAUUUGCCUUUACAUUACUCAUAUCUCUGGUGCCUAUAUAUUAAAUUUGCAGCAUUUGGGGCUAAUUCUGGUGGUACCUCACUAUUUGGUGGAACUCAUUUUUCAUGCCUCACGUCUCUUCCACUUCUGUGAUGAAAACACGCAAAAAGGAUUUAUCAUUUGGGCUUUACUUUUCGUAAUGGUGCGUCUUUUGACCCUAACUUUGUCUGUCCUCACAUUUGGAUUUGGUCUGGCAAGAGCAGAGAAUCCAGAUUUUUCCAUAGCAGACGGAAACUUCAACAUACUCCCUGUGAGGCUUGGCUGCCUGGGUGCUGUUUGUCUAACACAGGCUUGGAUGAUGCGGAAGUUUGUACGUUUUCAGCUGAAGAGAUGGAGAGAGCGUGUUAAGGACCAGAUUUCAAAGAAAAAAACAACUAACACAAAGAACAAACGAACAAAGAAGGAACCAGACAAAGCUAACAUUGCCAAUGGAGCAGCAAAAUCAGAAGGUGGAGCAUCACCAAGAACAAGAAAAUCAAAACCAGUAUGA